CUAAUGUAUAUACCCUCCCAUUCAAAAAAAAAUGUAUAUACCCGACUAGGUUUUGUGCAAUCUAGUGUCCAUCUGUACUCCUCAGCAUUAGUGCAGCGCGCAAGAAUCUUAUUACUGUGACUCUGUCAAUUCCAUAAAUGGAUAUUCUCUUCGCCCAAAUCCAAGCUGAUCUCCGCUCGAAUGACUCUCUCCGCCAGUGCGGUGCUCUUCUUCAAGCUCUCCAACAGUCCGCAGCCGGUAGAGAUAUUUCCGUCAUUGCCAAAUCUGCCUGUGAAGAGAUCGUCGCGUCUCCGGCCUCUGCCGUCUGCAAGAAGCUAGCUUUCGAUCUCAUCCGAUCGACACGACUCACCUCCGAUUUAUGGGAAACUGUGUGCACUGGCAUCCGAACAGAUUUCGACUUCCCCGACCCUGAUGUCACUUCUGCCGCUGUCUCCAUUCUCUCUGCAAUACCAUCUCAUCGUCUUGGUAAGCUCAUAUCAGACUGCAACAGGGAGAUAUCGAAUUGCUUUGAUUCUCCCAGUGACAAUCUCCGCUACUCGAUUACCGAAACACUGGGGUGCAUUCUAGCACGGGAUGAUCUUGUUAUUCUCUGCGAGAACAAUGUCAAUUUGCUGGAUGGGGUCUCAAAUUGGUGGAGAAGGAUUGGGAAGAAUAUGCAUGACCGAUCCGACGCAGUUUCAAAGGUUGCGUUUGAGUCUGUUGGGAGGUUGUUUCAGGAGUUUGAUUCAAAAAGAAUGAGCCGUUUAGCUGGGGAUAAACUUGUUGAUAGUGAGAAUUCGCUUGCCAUCCGUUCUAAUUGGAUCUCCUGGAUGGUUGAUUUUAUCUGGAAGAAGAGGCAUGCCUUGAUGGCGAGGUCUUUGAUUCUUCCAAUUGAGAGCUUUAGGGUUACUGUGUUUCCACUUGUUUAUGCAGUGAAGGCUGUGGCAUCUGGUGCAGUUGAUGUUUUUCAGAAGCUCUCCAAAUCUUCUGGAAAUGCUAGUAGUAGCGCGAAUAUGAAGGAUUUGGGUAAUGCGGAGAAGGUUGUAGGAGUUUCAGAUGUGGUUACGCAUCUGGUGCCAUUCUUGGCGUCACUGGAUCCAGCCUUGAUAUUUGAGGUGGCAAUUAAUAUGUUGCGUCUAGCUGAUGUGCCUGGAGGUAAGCCUGAAUGGGCUUCAGCAUCAAUCAUAGCAAUUCUCACUCUUUGGGAUAGACAAGAGUUCUCUUCUGCUAGAGAAAGCAUCGUUAGAGCUGUUGUAACAAAUCUACACCUCCUGGAUCUUCAUAUGCAGGUUUCAUUGUUCAAAAGGUUGCUUCUUAUGGUCAGGAACCUGAGGGCAGAGUCAGACCGUAUGCAUGCUCUAGCAUGUAUAUGUCGCACAGCCUUAUGUGUUGAUCUUUUUGCAAAGGAGAGUGUCCGAAGAGGGCAAAAACCCCUUCGUGGUACUGAUAUUGCUUCACUUUUUGAAGAUGUGACAAUUAAAGAUGACCUAAACUGUGUGACGAGUAAAAGCUUGUUCAGAGAAGAGCUAGUUGCUUCACUAGUGGAAAGUUGUUUCCAAUUAUCUCUUCCUCUCCCUGAGCAAAAGAAUUCUGGUACAGAAAGCAGAGUAAUUGGAGCUUUGGCCUAUGGAACUGGCUAUGGAGCAUUGAAUUGGACUGAGCCAGCACUGGAAGUGGUGGAAGUUUGUAGGCCUUGUGUUAAAUGGGACUGCGAAGGACGAACCUAUUCUAUUGAUUGUUAUCUAAAGUUGUUGGUGAGAUUGUGUCAUAUCUAUGAUACUAGAGGAGGUAUUAAAAGGGUUAAAGAUGGUGCUUCUCAGGAUCAGAUUCUAAAUGAGACGAGACUACAAAAAUUGCAGCACGAGCUUGUUAAAGAUUUGCGUCAGAUAAACACCCCGAGAAUAUCUGCCCGCCUUAUAUGGGCUGUUGGAGAACAUAUCAAUCUAGAUGGUCUAGAUCCACUUAUGGCUGAUGAUCCUGAGGAUCCAUUGAACAUCAUCAUAUCCAAUAUCCACAAAGUAUUGUUCAAUGUAGAUUCAUCUGCGACCACUUCAAAUAGGCUCCAGGAUGUGCAGGCAGUUCUUCAAUGUGCUCAGCAUUUGGGAUCAUGUCACCCUAAGGCUGGGCAGAUGUUGACUAAAGAGCUGGAAGAUUUUAGAAAUAAUGGCCUUGCUGACUCUGUAAACAAGCAUCAGUGUCGUAUUAUAUUGCAGAGACUAAAAUAUGUUGCAGGCCAUCCUGAAAGCAGGUGGGCUGGAGUUAGUGAAGCCAGGGGAGAUUAUCCAUUCAGCCACCACAAACUCACUGCUCAGUUUUAUGAAGCUUCUGCAGCUCAGGACAGGAAGUUGGAAGGACUGGUUCAUAAAGCCAUUCAGGAGCUUUGGAGGCCAGAUCCUAGUGAAUUAACUCUUCUAUUGACAAAGGGCAUUGACUCUACAUUCCUCAAAGUUCCUCCAACUGCAUAUACUUUGACCGGUAGUAGUGAUCCUUGCUAUGUUGAAGCGUAUCAUUUGGCAGAUUCAAAUGAUGGAAGGAUCACAUUGCACCUUAAGGUUUUAAAUCUGACAGAACUAGAACUUAAUAGAGUGGACAUACGGGUUGGCAUAUCUGGUGCACUAUAUUUCAUGGACGGAUCUCCUCAAGCAGUGCGGCAGUUGUGUAACCUUGUAUCACAGGAUCCAGUAUUUUGCAGUGUGACUGUUGGUGUCUCCAACUUUGAGAGGUGUGCCCUUUGGGUUCAAGUAUUGUACUACCCCUUCCACGGAAUUAGUGCCCGAGGGGAUUAUGGUAACGGUGAUUAUACUGAAGAUGAUCCUCAAUUCAUGAGACAAAAAUGGAGCUCAAGAACAGAAUUUGGAGAACCUGUAGUCUUGAGGUGUCAACCUUACAAGAUACCAUUAACUGAGGUUCUUUUGCCCCAUAAAAUCUCACCUGUUGAAUACUUCCGCCUAUGGCCUAGUUUACCUGCUAUUCUGGAGUACUCAGGUGCAUAUACCUAUGAAGGGAGUGGUUUCAAAGCUACUGCUGCACAGCAAUAUGGAGCUUCUCCAUUUCUGAGUGGUUUGAAAUCUCUUUCUUCAAAGCCUUUCCAUAGGGUUUGUUCUCACAUUUUCCGAACAGUGGCUGGUUUUCAACUAUGCUUUGCUGCAAAAACUUGGUAUGGGGGUUUUAUUGGCAUGAUGAUCUUUGGUGCCAGUGAAGUGAGAAGAAAUGUUGAUCUGGGAGAUGAGACAACAAUCAUGAUGUGCAAAUUUGUAGUCCGAGCCUCUGAUGCAUCAAUCACAAAGGAAAUUGGAUCAGAUUUGCAGGGAUGGUUAGAUGACAUUACAGAUGAGGGUGUCGAAUACAUGCCCGAAGAUGAAGUGAAGUUAGCUGCUGUGGAGAGGCUAAGGAUCUCAAUGGAACGAAUUGCAUUGCUCAAAGCAGCCCAACCACCACCUCAACCUACAAAACCUACAGAAGAAGAGGAAGAGGAAGCAGAAGAAGAAAAAAAAGAAAGGAAAGAGAAAAGGAAGGAAAAUGGUGAAGAAGAUGGUAAAUCCAAGGGUCCUUCAACCCUUUCAAAGUUGACAGCUGAGGAGGCUGAACAACAUGCACUUCAGGCAGCAGUGCUGCAGGAAUGGCAUAUGCUUUGCAAAGAGAGAGAGGGAUAAAAGAUUAUCAUCUAAGUUUUCUUUCUCUUUUUGCUGUCAUUCAGACGGAUUUGGCUAUAUUUCUUUGUAUUCUCUUGCC